AUGCCGCAAGAUCGCAGUGAGCAGCUAGAGGAGCUGCGGCGGCAGUUCCCGUCAACCUCCGUCGUCACGGAAAGCGCGCAGGAGACGGUGCUUAAGGUAGAUCAUGCGCUGCGCAUCAGCCCGACAAUCGAGUAUGCUCUCUCUCUGUACGUUACACUGCCCUCGUCGUUUCCGAAGGCUGCGCCGAAGGCGACGAUGCCGUACUGCUGCCACAACGUCCCUAUCACGCCCCCCAACAUCAACCCUUCUGAAGCGAUGGCGUACCAGUGGAGCGUCGCCACCUCCACCUUGGUGGAGGCGGUCCGUAAUGCGUUUCAGAACGCGGCAGAUUGCUGGGGCCCUGUAGAGCCUCCAAGCUUACACAGCGUCACGCUGCAGCUGAGUGGGGAGACGGACCGACUGCUGCGGGACCUGGUGAUCAACCCAAACUGUCUCGACGCCUACUGCUACCAGCUUCCUAUUGUGAAACUGAUGCGGAAGGUGAGUCGGCAGACAAUGAGCGAAAUCGAGCGAGUUGCGAACGAGAACACGACGCUGCGCAACGAGGUGGAGACGCUGGAGGCGAAGGUGAAGGGCCUGCAGCAGCGUAUCGGUGAGCAGGUGUCCCAGUUGCAGCAACUGGGACAGAAUCCACUCCUCACUUCCGUCGGCACUCCCGAGGCCCUUAUCAAGACCCUUGAGGAUGAUGUGCGUAAGAUGAGUAGGGACUGUAUGGUACUCGGAAAGCGCGCCAUGGACGCCUACAAGGUAGACAAGGGUGAUUUUCAGGAUUUGCUGGAUCAAUACAAAGCACAGUCCAAGGAGAUGCACAUGCUCGACUUGAAGCGGAUAUCCUAUCGCGCGCAGUGCACCGCGAGCUGA